GUUGCAUUACUCGUUUUGCUGUGAACUUAUUAUUACAGACUUAUUGUUCAUGACGAAUUCACAGUAGGAAUAAAAGUGUUCAUUCAAAAGCUAAUAAGACCCCUAACAACCGGUUACCUUUGUAAUAUUGGUAAGGGGUAAACCCCAUACAAGUAACUAAUUGACCUGCGUAGCAUCUCGAGGGUCGGGCGCCCCUCCCCGCCAGUGGCAAACUCGUUCGUAGUAAGGGCGUCACGAAGCGCUCACGCAGGCUUGCGCGCUACUACCACAGUACCACAUUCAACACCCAAGCUGCGUGCGAAGCGGAUCGCUUAGCGGUGACGGUCGCGCGCUUUAAGUUGCUCACGUAAAUUCACGUAGAUUCACGUAGAUUACGUAGGUUUACGUAAAUACACGUUGAUUAUACGAGUUUUGUUUGUGGCCGGUCUAGGGUGAUAGUGAUGUCGAAGGAUAACCCGCGGUUGAGUCGGCUGGGCGUGCUGGCGCCGGCCGCGCUGUCCGCCUGCAUGGACGCCUCCGUGCUGGCCGUGCCCGCUGCAGGAGCCAUCGUGUCCACAGUCCUCAAGGAGCUCAGCAAGGCUUUCAUGCUUAAAAAAUGGUUUCACGGCGUGAUGUCGGCUAAGGAAGCAGAGCAUCUGAUCAUGGAGAAAGGAAAGAACGGCUCGUUCCUAGUCCGGGAGUCGCAGGCUCAUCCCGGGGAGUUCGUGCUCUCCGUCCGGGUUCGGGGACGAGUCAGCCAUGUCAUGAUCCGAAGACAGCACAACAAAUACGACGUCGGUAGCGGCGAGCAGUUUGACGACCUGGUCGGUCUGAUCGAGCACUUCAGGUCGUACCCUAUGAUAGAGACGUCGGGCGACGUGCUGCGGCUUCUGCAGCCGGUUAGCGGGACCAGGCUGAGGGCCCACGACAUCGACCGCAAGGUUCAGGAGAUGCAGGAAAUGGAAGAUUAUCAGAAGCUGGACCACAAGAGUGGUUUCGAUGGCGAGUUCCAGUCGUUGAAGAUGUUGGAGGACCGACACGUCUUCACGUCCCACGAGGGCACCAGGCCAGAGAACACACCUAAGAAUAGAUACAGAAAUAUUUUACCUUAUGACCAGACUCGUGUAGUGUUACGUCGCCGGGACAACCGCCAGGAUUCUGACUACAUCAACGCGAGCUACAUCCGAUCCUCGCGGCUCAGCGACUCCUCAUCAUCAGUACAGUCCUCAAACGAGAGCUUGGAUAGUGUCAAAUCACUAAUAAUAAACAGCGACACAAAGAAAACACCGCCGUUGGUAACAAAGUCGCUGUCAGACGAAGCUCUAAGAGAAGCCAAGAAAUCGUUCAAACUUGACAAAAUCAACGGGAACUUGUGCCGAGAUGUGACAGUAAAAAACAAAGCGUACAUCGCGGCGCAGGGUUGUCUAUCAAACACGAAAGAUGACUUCUGGCGAAUGAUCUGGCAAGAAGACGUCAGAGUCAUAGCUAUGAUCACCAACGAAGUGGAGAACGGAAAGAAAAAAUGUGAGCGCUACUGGCCUCUAUCAGGUCACGAGGAGCGCUUCGACGGGCUCACUGUCAAGUCCAUAAGUGAAACGCAUUACGAGGAGUACCUGCUGAGGGAGUUCGAUGUCUGCGAUGACAAGAACUGCCGGGUAGUCUUCCAGUACCAGUUCACAGCUUGGCCAGAUCACGGCACCCCCGGGGAUCCAGAUGGCGUGUUAUCUUUCAUAGAUGAUAUCAACAGAAGAAUGAUACAAAAUUCACAGGACACAGAUGCUCCCGAACAGAACAUCCUGUGUGUGCAUUGCUCGGCUGGCGUCGGCAGGACUGGCACGUUCAUAGUCCUUGACAUGCUUCUAGACAAAAUAAAAACAUCUGGAUUCAAUUGUGAUAUCGAUGUCCAUUCCACGGUGAAGCUGGUCAGGGCGCAACGUAACGGCAUGGUGCAGAACAAAAUGCAAUACAGGUUCAUAUACCUGGCUCUACAAGAGUUUAUAGACAGCAGGAACUUGAAGCUGAGGAAAAAGAUGCAGGUGAAUAUCAAUAUAUUAUGCGGAGCGACUGACCGUCUGUCUUCUGCAUCACAACUAGUUAAAAUACCCAUUAGUUAAGGUGUACAAGUGAGACGCGUGAAGUAAACCGAUAGUGAACCAAAGUGAUUAGACUUAAAGUGAACGUAUUUAUAAUGUAACCACAUCAGCAAGUUGUCUUCGAUGAACGUCAGUCAUAAUAAUUGUUAGCUAUAAGUAUUUUAUAAUUUAUAAUCUAGUUGAUGAUCAUUAAAUAAUCUAGAAAUCGUG